UAUUCAGAAAAAAGAGGGAAAUAUCUGAAAGUCAGUGGGGAGGAAAAAGUCACUUGGAGAGCCACGUAAGGAAGACAGAGAUGCAGGCCUCGCUCUGGCAGAAAACCCGCUUUAAUCAAAAUACUACUAAACAAAGGAUCACACAUAUUUUUGACCUCAAGAAUAUAAAUGUUGGAAAAGCUCCAUAGAUGCACCUAUUGUGGGGAAAGGACAGAUUGCAAAUCACAGCUGAUUAUGUACAAGGUCCACACAGGAGAAAAGUCUUAAAAGUGCUCCCAAUGUGGUCAAUACUAUACGGAGCAUAAGGACUCACAACAGGAAAAAAAAAUUUGGAGGAGAAAAAUCCUUUGAAUGCCCUAUAUGUGAGAAAAGUUUCAGUCACAAUUACAGCCUAAUGAACCACCAGAGGACACACACAAUAAAGAAAUCUUUUGAAUGUCUUUACUGUGGAAAAGGUUUUAUUACAAAUUCCCACCUCAUUAGGCACCAAAGGAAUCACACAGGAGAGAAACCCUUUGAAUGUCCUGAUUGUGGAAAAUGUUUCAGUCAAAAUUCCAACCUAAUGAUACACCAGAGGACUCACACAGGAGAGAAACUUUUUGAAUGUCCUGAUUGUGGGAAAAGUUUCAGUGAGAAUUCCAGCCUGGUGAUACACCAGAGGACUCACACAGGAGAAAAACCCUUCGAAUGUCCUGAGUGUGGGAAAUGUUUCAGUCACAAUUCCUUCCUGUUGAUACACCAGAAUAUUCACACAGGAGAGAAACUAUAUGAGUGUCCAGACUGUGGGAAAGAUUUCAAUACUAGGGCUAGCCUUUUAAAUCAUGUGCUUAUACACACGGGAGAAACCAUUUAAGUGUCCUAAGUGUGGACAGUGCUUCAGGAACCCUUCCACCAGGGGUGAAAUGCUCCCGGAUCAGACGGGAUCGUGCGAUCCGGUA